AAUUCAAUUUCCCUCUAUUGCAGGCUACUUACUGCUACAAUUGCUUGGCCUUUCCCUGCCAUUGUUCACGUUGGAAUCAUCCUUUCAACCUUAGGGGCUGCUCUCCAGAGUUUGACAGGGGCCCCACGGUUACUUGCAGCUAUAGCAAAUGAUGAUAUUCUCCCCAUCCUCAAUUAUUUUAAAGUUGCAGAUACUAGUGAACCUCACAUAGCGACGCUUUUCACAGCAUUUAUCUGCAUAGGAUGUGUUGUUAUUGGAAAUCUGGAUCUUAUCACACCAACUGUGACUAUGUUUUAUCUUUUAUGCUAUUCGGGAGUAAACCUGUCUUGUUUCCUGCUCGAUCUUCUUGAUGCUCCAAGUUGGCGUCCACGGUGGAAAUACCAUCAUUGGAGCCUUUCCUUUGUUGGAGCCUCACUCUGCAUAGUGAUCAUGUUCUUGAUUUCCUGGUCGUUCACUGUGGUUGCCAUUGCACUUGCAAGUCUUAUAUACAAAUAUGUUGGCCUUAAAGGAAAGGCCGGGGACUGGGGGGAUGGUUUCAAGAGUGCAUAUUUCCAGUUGGCCCUUCGUAGUCUCAGGUCACCCGGAGCAACAUAAAAGUAUUUGCACCAGGAGAUGUGGGCGCUAAUGCAAGGGAUAGGACAAGUCCAGAAGAUGGAGUCCAUCAGAAGG